AUGUACCUCUACUGUAUUUAAUUUCUUUCCUCUUGAAUCUUUAAUACAAAUUCAGGUAUCUGUCAGAACUCAGAAGUUUCCCCACUCCAUUUUUCCUUUCUUUUAUUGUAACUUUUCACAGCUUCUACUUCCUCCAUGUGAGCACUGAACUCAUCAAAGGCCAUAGUUUUUCCAUCUUCCAUGGACACCCAAAAGCUAAUUCUCCUUCUCAUUCUCCUCCUUUUCACUCCUUGCUCAUUCUCUUCUUUCACUCCCACAGACAACUACCUCCUCAGCUGUGGAUCACAGACCAAUGCUUCCCUCUUCAACCAGUUCUUCAUGGGUGAUUCCACCAACCAAGGUUCAGUUUUUCUCUCUGCAGACAAAUCCAUUUCCCUCACCAACCAAAACCCACCUCCAAAUUCACCCACUUUGUAUCACACUGCCAGAGUUUUCACCACCACAGGGAGCUACAGAUUCAGCAUGAGGAAAAACGGUACCAACUUUGUUCGUUUUCAUUUCUCAACGUUUAAGGCUCCAGGUUUUGAAUUUGAUCUAAAAUCUGCAAACUUUAGUGUCUUGGUUGAUGGGAAUUUGGUUCUGAGCAAUUUCAAGCCAAAUAAUGGUAGUAUACUGAUUAAAGAGUUUGUUUUGAAGGUAGAGUCAAAUUUGCUUGAAAUUGUGUUUAGACCUGCUGGUAACUCUGGUUUUGGCUUUGUCAAUGCUGUGGAGGUGUUUUCUGCUCCAGAAGAUUUUAUUAUAGAUUAUGGAGCUAGGUUGGUUGGCCCUUCUGAUGUGCAAGAAUAUAAGAACCUUUCAUCCCAGGUUUUAGAAACUGUCCAUAGGAUUAAUGUUGGAGGUGUGAAAUUAACUCCUUUUAAUGAUACCCUUUGGAGGACUUGGAUUCCUGAUGAGGAUUACCUUGUUUUAAAGGAUGCUGCUAAGCGUGUAGUGAGCACUCACACACCAAAUUAUCAGACGGGAGGUGCGAAUAGAGAGAUCGCGCCGGAUAAUGUUUAUAUGACAGCCCGGGAGAUGGAUAGGGAUAACUCCAUUAUAGCUUCACAGUUCAACAUAACCUGGAAUUUUCCAGUUGUUCCUGGCGGUGUUCGGCACUUGGUUCGGUUGCAUUUCUGUGAUAUUGUUAGUCCUGCCCUUAAUUUGCUCUACUUUGAUGUGUAUAUCAACGGAUAUUCCGCAUAUAAGGAUCUUGAUUUGUCAUCCCUCACAUUCCACACGCUUGCAUCUCCAGUCUAUGUGGAUUUUGUUGCAGAUUCUGAUGAUUCGGGCGUUAUGCAAAUAAGUGUUGGUCCUUCUGAUCUGAGCAGUUCUAUCAGGAUGAAUGCAAUACUGAAUGGUGCUGAAAUAAUGCAGCUGGUGAAUGCUGUAGAUUCCAGUGUUGUUUCUCAGAAGAAAAGGUUGUGGGUGCUGGUGGUGGUGGGUUCAAUUGUUGGAGGAAUUAUUGUUUUACUUUUAAUUUUAGCUGCUUUUCUAGCUUCCUUCAGGAAGAAGAAACCGAAACAAUUGACAGUUGAAAGUGUAGGAUGGACACCUUUACGCCUGUUUGGAGGGAGUUCACUUAGUAGAAUGUCUGAAGUUACAGGUUAUCCAUCUCCUGGUUAUUUUGGCUUGAAAAUCCCUUUUGCUGAUAUACAAGCAGCAACAAACAAUUUUGAUAGAACUCUUAUUAUAGGGUCUGGUGGGUUUGGUAUGGUUUACAAAGGGGUGUUCAAGGACAACAUGAAGAUUGCAGUCAAGAGAGGCAUGCCUGGAUCUAGACAAGGCCUACCAGAAUUCCAGUCUGAAAUAACAAUUUUAUCUAGAAUUCGCCAUCACCACCUUGUUUCAUUGGUUGGCUAUUGCGAAGAAAAUUCAGAAAUGAUACUUGUCUAUGAGUAUGUGGAAAAAGGACCACUUAAAAAGCAUCUGUAUGGUGCAGCAGUACUUCAACCUUUGUCUUGGAAGCAGCGUCUCGAGAUAUGCAUCGGCGCGGCUAGAGGUCUCCACUAUCUUCACACUGGUUUCGCACAAGGGAUCAUCCACCGUGACAUUAAAUCAACAAACAUUUUGCUUGAUGAAAACAAUGUGGCAAAGGUUGCUGAUUUUGGUCUUUCAAGAUCUGGACCUUGUGUGAAUGAAACUCAUGUGAGUACUGGUGUGAAAGGUAGUUUCGGUUACCUUGAUCCAGAGUAUUUCCGAAGGCAGAAGCUUACAGAUAAAUCAGAUGUUUACUCAUUUGGGGUUGUGCUUUUUGAGGUUCUCUGUGCUAGACCUGCUGUUGAUCCACAGCUUGAUAGGGAACAGGUGAACUUAGCAGAAUGGGCACUUGAGUGGCAGAAGAAAGGCAUGUUGGAGCAUAUUAUCGAUCCGUAUCUUGUCGGAAAGAUCAAGCCAAGCUCCUUGAAGAAAUUCGGUGAAACAGCAGAGAAAUGUUUGGCUGAAUAUGGUGUUGACAGACCAACUAUGGGUGAUGUGCUAUGGAAUUUGGAAUAUUCACUUCAGCUCCAAGAAAAUGAACACGAACGGGAGCCAUGUGCUGAUAGAAGUUCUCAUGGAGAAGUGAAUGUGACCACUACAAUAAAUCCUGGGAAUUCUUCUAGCAGCAUGAGAACACAGGGACAUUGUGAUAAUAAUUAUCAAGAUGUAGGUGGUACCCAAGUUUUUUCCCAACUAAUGACCAAUGAAGGAAGAUAGAGUUUGAAUCAUCCUGCAAAAGUAUAUGCAAUUCUUUCAAGGAGUUGGAUUUCCUGUUGUUAAAAAUCCCAAAAUCACUGCAGUCAUGGCUUCAUAGCAGUCCGAUCUUGAUCAGACAGUUUAAAUUUAAAGAGAUCAAUUUUGUGUGUAUGGUUGUUAUUUUAAGCUACCAAACUAUGACUGCUGUGACUUAAGGAAAUUUUGACUGCAAGAAAUCCAGAUCUUUCUGAUGUACUAAGAAGUCACAUGGAUAAAAAAGGUAUCAGGACAGGCAGUACAUUUUCUAUCACGAUUAUUUUUUUCCUCUAUCAAUUUUCUGUUCUUUUAAGGAAAUUGCAACAAAGGAGUACCAACAUAAGGCAGUGAUAGGCAAGUAAAUUGAUAGUUUACAAAUGUUUGGUUAAUCUUUGUUAACUUGAUGUGUAACAUUACAGAGAUGCUAUAUUACUAUUUACUAACAUAGUAUAUUGUGUAUCUGUUCAAGUGGGGAAAUACUCGAAGUUGUAAUUAGCUACAAGUUCCCUCCAUGUUAUUUUUUACUCUUGCUUUUCUGCUUCAGUGGAAAGAUCAUGUUUGUGGUAAUGGUGUUAUAUGAAAUAAAAUAGUUCUCAUGAAA